GUGUGUCCGCGGCAGUACAUCCUAAAACAAUGGCGGCUGGCGGCAGUGAUCCUCGGGCUGGAGACGUUGAAGAAGAUGCCUCUCAACUCAUCUUUCCGAAAGAGUUUGAAACAGCGGAGACACUCCUGAACUCUGAAGUUCACAUGCUUCUGGAGCAUCGAAAGCAGCAGAAUGAGAGCGCAGAAGAUGAGCAGGAGCUUUCCGAGGUUUUCAUGAAAACCCUGAACUAUACAGCCCGUUUCAGUCGUUUCAAAAAUAGAGAGACCAUUGCCAGUGUUCGUAGCUUGCUUCUCCAGAAAAAGCUACAUAAGUUUGAGUUGGCCUGUUUAGCUAAUCUUUGCCCAGAGACUGCUGAGGAGUCCAAAGCUCUGAUUCCAAGUCUGGAAGGGCGUUUUGAAGAUGAGGAACUGCAGCAGAUUCUCGAUGAUAUCCAGACCAAGCGCAGCUUCCAAUACUGAUGUUCACACCCUGCUCCUGAGAUUGCUCAGAACGCCACCACAUCCCAGCCUGGUCAGCCUCACACAGGAGUGCUGAAGGAGAAGACACUUGGGUCACUUUGCUUUAUUGAGAUAUAAUGUCCCUCUGUGGUCCUCAGACUCAUGAUACGCCUCCUGCCUCACUCAGCCAAGUGCUGGGAUUACAGGCGUGAGCCAACACUCAACAGCUUGGCUUUUUGGAGAGAAAAGGCUGGCUUGGUGAUGGUUUUGGUUGCUGUUUCCACAGUGACUAUUGGACCAUAGUUACUGUGUUUUCUUGGUGCAACCUUGCAAGGGCUGCAGUCUGGAACCUGUGAGGUAGAAUGAUGUGUUGACCAUCUCUUACCUUGGUUUUGGAGCCCAUGUUGUUCUUUGUUCUUGUCAUUUCAAUUUUUGAUGUAAAUAUAGUUUGUAGUUUUUUAAAUUAAACUGUUUUACAAAAUCUUG